UAGUUGUCUUUUCUCCUGCCUAAAAUGUUUACUCUCACUUUGUCCCAGUUUUCUCUCAUCUCCAUGAAGAUUCCAUCUCACUGUGACCCCGUGAUAUGGAACUUGGGAAGAGGCUCCUUUUAGGUGGUCAGCCUGGGAAGGAUUUUCUGUGCAGGCAUGGACUGGAGAAAGAGAGUAGGCUCUGUGGUGUCAGUGAGGUUGGACAUUAAAGAUUCCUCAGAGACCCUUUCUGGAUGCCCUUUCAGCUCGUAGAAAUCAAGAUUAAAGAGAUUACAUAUGGACACCUGACCUUCAGGGAUGUGGCCAUUGAAUUCUCUCAGGAGGAGUGGGAGUGCCUGGACCCUGCCCAGAGGGCCUUGUACAGGGACGUGAUGGUGGAGAACUACCGGAACCUAGUCUCCCUGGGAAGCCUUUCUGCUGGAUUUGCAAUCAAGAAAUUAUCACCAAAAGAGGACAUUAAUAAAGGAGAAUCAUACCACUUAGUGAUAUUGGAGGGAAAUGAAAGCCAAGGCAUCAAGGAUUUUGAUCUCAAGGAAGUCUGGGAAAAUAUGCAUGAGUUUGAGAGUCAGUGGAGAUACGAUGCAAGAAAUUACAAAGAAGUGCCUUUGACACAUAACAAAAAUCUCUCUCAUAGAAAAGAUCAACAGCUUAAUAAAUCCUCAAUUACUUUUCCUCCAAAGCAGAGUACUUCUGUAGGAAAUCAUACAUACCAAUAUCUCAUGCAUGGUGAGCCAUUUGUCAGGCAUUUGUUAAAACUGGAAAAUAACAUAAGUGUUGCUGGAAACUGGUACACAGACUGUUUGGAAAACAGAACUGGGUUAUGUUUACACACACACCUGGCUGAACUGCAGAGAUUUCAGACUGAGGAAAAAAUGUAUGAACGUAAUCAAGUUGAGAAAUCUUUCAACAAUGGUUCCUCUGUUCCACCACUUCAAAGAACUCCUUCUAGUAUCAAAAACAUUUGGAAUAAAUAUAGGAAGAUUUUAAAAUAUCCUUUGUUACCUGCACAAUACAGAAGAGCAUACACUAGGGGAAAAUCUUACAAAUGUAAUGACUGUGGGAAGGCUUUUAGCAAAAGCUCAAACCUCAUGAGUCAUGAGAGAAUUCACUCAGGACAGAGACCUUACAAAUGUAAUGAAUGUGGCAAAGCCUUUACAGAGCGCUCACAUCUUACUCAACAUAAGAAAAUCCAUACUGGAGAGAAACCUUACAAAUGUAAGGAGUGUGGCAAAGCCUUUAACCAAUGUUCAAACCUCACUAGGCAUCAGAGAAUCCAUACAGGAGAGAAACCAUAUAAAUGUGACAUAUGUGGCAAGGUCUGUAGUCAAAAUUCAAACCUUGCAAAUCAUCAGAGAAUGCAUACUGGAGAGAAACCUUACAAAUGUAAUGAGUGUGGUAAGGCUUUUAUCCAACGGUCACACCUUUGGAGUCAUGAGAGAAUUCAUACUGGUGAGAAACCUUACAAAUGUAAUGAAUGCAGCAAAGCCUUUGCUGAACGUUCAAGCCUUACUCAACAUAAGAAAAUCCAUACUGGAGAGAAACCUUACAAAUGUAAGGAGUGUGGCAAAGCUUUUAAGCAGUGCUCACACCUCAUUAGACAUCAGAAUACACAUCCUGGAGAGAAAUCACACAAAUGUGAUGUUUGUGGCAAAGCUUUUAUCCAAAGUUCUAGCCUUCUAGAACAUCAGAGAAUUCAUACAGGAGAAAAACCUUAUAAAUGUAGUAAAUGUGAUAAGGCUUUUAUCAGACGGUCACACCUCUGGGGCCAUGAGAGAACUCAUACUGGAGAGAAACCUUACACAUGUAUUGAGUGUGGUAAAGCCUUUGCUGAGCGUUCAAAUCUUACUCAACAUAGAAAAAUCCAUACUGGAGAGAAACCUUACAAAUGUAAUGUGUGUGACAAAGCUUUUACCCAAUUUGCAAACCUUACCAGGCAUCAGAAAAUACACACUGGCGAGAAACCACACAAAUGUGAUGUGUGUGACAAGGCUUUUAUCCAAAGUUCAAGCCUUAUGGAACAUCAGAGAAUUCAUACAGGAGAAAAACCUUAUAAAUGUAACAAAUGUGAUAAGGCUUUUAUUAAACGUUCUCAUCUUUGGGGUCAUGAGAGAACUCAUACUGGAGAGAAACCUUAUAAAUGUAAUGAGUGUGGCAAAGCCUUCACAGAGCGUUCACAUCUUACUCAGCAUAAGAAAAUCCAUACCGGAGAGAAACCUUAUAAAUGUAGUGAGUGUGGCAAAGCUUUUACCCAGUUUGCAAAACUUACUAGGCAUCAGAAAAUACAUAGUGAAAAGAAACAUUAUAAAUCUAGUAUGUGUGGCAGUGGUUUUAUUCAAAACUCAAGCUUUGGGGAUCAUCAAAGAACUCACAAUAGAAGGAAACCUUACAAAUAAAAUGAUUAAGCAAGUGUUCAAGCCUUAUUCAACAUCAGAUUCCAUAUCAUGGAGAGGAACCAUAUGAAACUAAUGUAUGUGGCAAAACUUUUAACCAGGGGCUUACACCUCACUUGACAUCAUAAUAUAAAUCUCUAAAAGAAAGCACACAGAUGUAUGGCAAGGCUUAUCCAAAGUUUCUACCUUGUGGAAUAUAACUGUUAUAGACAGAAACCUUACAAAUAUAAUGAGUGUGAUCAGCUUUAUAAAAAAUGUACAGCUUUGGGGGGGGGGCACAUAAAAUAAGUGGGAUUAAGAGGGACAAAUUUCCAGUGAUUAAAAAAAAAAAAGUACAACGUUGUGGUUAUGAAAGAAUUCAUAUGAGAUGGAAACCAUACAAAUGUGUCAAGGUCUUUACCUCAGGAAAUACCAAAAAAUUCAUACUGGACAGAAACAUUACAAAUGUAAUUAAAGUGAUCAUUUGUUUAGCCAGUUCUCUCAAUGGACUAAAAUAAGAAAAUUCAUACUACAGGGGAAGUAGGCAUACUUUGAGGAUUAACCAAUCUUAGAUGUUAAAUUCCACAGAAAAUUUAAAUUAUUUAAAACCUAAUGAGAUGAUAGGUAUCAACAGAACAAGGGUAUCUGUGGAAACAGCUACUAAUUAUCUUCAGCUUAUAAUUUUAAAAAAUAUUUUAAGUAUUCUCAACACCCAAUGUGGAAUUUAAACUCAUGACCCCAAGAUCAAGAGUCAUGUCUUCUUAUAAGGACUGAGCUAGCCAGAAGCCCCUAUACUUUUUUUACUCAAUUACUUGAGGUUUCUCGAGGCUGCAUUAUUACUGGUGACACGACCUGCAGUUUGGAAUCCACUGAUGUUAUACUUUAAUUACAUGCAUUUCAUGGGCUACCAUAAUGGUCACAAGGAAUCGGUAGGGUGAAAGGACCCAGGUCAUAGGUGGGGUUUACUCAUACCUAUGUAACCUGGAAAAACUAGGACACUAAUUUUAAGAUACAGUACAGUGUAGGUUUGAGGGCUUAGUGGGGGCAGGGAAUAGUAUAAAACUGUUACCUGAAUUGACAUGUUUUCUGUGACUACAGCCUCUUCUCUAGAUUUGUUGGUAUGAUUGAGGGCCUUUGUUGAUGGUUACAGGAAAGGAUGAUCAUGAAACAGAGUAGGCCAGAACAUUAAGAGAAAGAUUUUCAUGUGAGUAGAAGGACAAGUUAUUGGGGAUGGCAUAUGUGGUAGAAAAAAUGGAGGGGGAAUGAUGAUUUCUCCCUCUUAUGAAAGGUAGUAAUUGUUGUAUAUCGUAGAUUAGUGAAAACUAGUCUUAUUUUUGGAAACUGAAGAGAAAGUUGUAGAGGACAUUUUAAUCAAAAGAAUCAGAAUAGUAUGCUUGUGAAGGAUUCAAAUUUGGCCACUGAAAAUUGCAGUCUGAUACCAUUUUAUUUAGGAUAUUAUAAAUUCUCAUAUCUAAAAAGGAAACUAUAGAAACAUUUUUUUGUAACAUGAAUGAAUCAUGUGCAUUAGCCCAAGUGCACCCCAUCUCAUUGAAGCAUUUCAUAAUGAACACUGUUAAUACAUCCUUGGGCUCCCUAGGUUGGAUGUCAUCCAUAAUAAUUUUUCUCCAUGUUGGGUUUGCACAACUUACAUUCUUGGAAAUAUAUAUUCAUAAUUUGAAUUUGAAAGUUACACAAUUUCAAACUCUCACCCUCUAAAACCUGCCUCCCUGUUCAUAAACAUACACUGUAUGAUUAUAGUUUACAUGCCUGCCUUUUGUGCUGAAAUGAGACCCAUGGGUUGCAUGUUUACAUGAAAUGAAAAUAGAAAAAUAGUAAGCAUAUGAAAAGUAUUAGGAAGUAAAAGAAAAUUUCAGAAAUAAGGAUAAAGAUAAUCUCUUGUGCUGGAAUGCUCAGGAAGUUGAAAAGAUCAGUGUUCACUGAGUUUCUCUCAAAAGCAAACAUUGACACAGUGGGAGUCUUGAUAACUAGCAAUCUCAUAUAUUUACCCUCUAAAACAUUUUUUGCUAGUUUGUACUUGUGCUUACUCCACUGGAUCUGGAUGUCAUGAAUGAGGACUCCAUAUAAUAGUGUUAGGAGAAUGUUUAUUACAUAUGAUGCUUUCUGGGGGAGAGCAGGGUAGACCUUCUCAGGUUCUAAAAAUGGCUAGAGAACGCAGGGAAUGGUGACUGGUUUGUUAGGAUGGAUACUAUGUGGGGCUGGGGCGAUGGCACUCAUGGUGUGAACUUUCAGUUAAUGCCAAGGGAAGGGGCACUCAGGCUUUAUUACUAGCUUGUCCUGCCCGGGUGGGCAGAAUAGUAAGAGGUUAUAUAGUGAGGCUUAACAGGUAUCAUUCUUCAGACAUCAAAAAUGGAGUCAGACUCUAAUAUAAAACUGAAUGUUUAUUCCUGACUUGGUAGGGAAAGACCACAAUCUGCCUCAUGCUAACACACUACCUUCCUUUUCCUGGUGCACAUACAGAUCCUACUGCACAAUAUGAUUGUUGAAAAUGGUGAAAUACUGUUUGGGUAAAUUACCUAAGGUAUUUUUACACUUAGGAUGUCACAAUUAUAUUUCUAUUAAGUUAUAGUCUAAUAGUAAAAUACAUGUGGAAGUGAUAGAAUAUGUCCCAACUACAAGACUUUAAUGAGUCCUUUCAUUUCUCUACCAAGAUACUAGAAUCAGAAUAUCUGUAUUGAGACUUGGCAAAUUAUUUUAGUUUUAGGUCCAGAUAAAAUUAACAGAGGAAUUAAGUCUUUAAGUUAGGAAACAGAGGCUAAUAAUUUUUGAACCUCAUUUGGAACACCUACCAAGCCUGUCAUGGGUUGCACAGAACAUACUUCAGGAUAAAGAACAAAGUAUGCUAAUAAAAUCUCUCUUCCCAUUGACUACCUUGUCACUUAAUAAGGGGUAUUUUUAAUUUGAUCUGCAGAAUGUUUUCUCUAAUAUCUUUUUCUUUUACCUUCUGUUGUUUAGGUGUGAAUAUGAAAUUUGAAAAACCCCUAAUAUCAUUAUUAAAAUUGCAUUAUUAAAAUUUCUAGCUAAUUGGAAAAACUUCGUGGGAUUAUCAUUUCCAUGUAAGCAAGACAAAACCUAAUAAAAAGGGCUUUGCUCUUCACCGUUCACCCUUAGUCCUACGGUGGCCAUCCUGCUGGAUGGUGAAAGGGCUGCCAACAGAGGUAGAGUAGGGAGAUAACUGCCCAGGGUACCCGUCCCAUCCAACAUUACAGAUCUGGGCUUCCUGUUACUUGGGAAUGAUAAACCAUCUACUUGUUUCAGCCACUGUUUUCCAGGAGGUCUGUCACUCACAAAAAAUGUCCUACCUGACAAAUAAGAUUAAUAUUUUGUAUUGAGUGGAAUGGCGCAUUUGAGACGGGUUCUUGAAUUUAAAAUUUUGUACCUAAGAAAAGCUUUAUUAAAACAUCCCUCCAGGGGCGCCUGGAUGGUUCAUUCGGUUAA